GCGAAGUUGAGGCUCUGCGCGAGCGCCUUUUCCCCAACUCAAGCUCGAAGCCGCGUCAGUCGAGGUGAAAUCUUCCUCACUGCUCCUGCCGCCGCUGACUGACCGGCUCGACAUCGCGCUGUUGGACCAGUGUUUGCCAGCCAGGCUCAGGGCUGUGCUUUCGCUGCCUGCCAAGCCUGGGGUCAUUUCCACCCUGAGCCAGUGAUCGUUAGUUAUCCAUCUUCCGUACCCCGGAGCUGCCCAGCCUUAUUAGUUAUAUGCAGGGCAACGCGCCGCAGCCCCCAUCGGUCAACUUGCACUCUGCCCUUUCCGCUCGCUGUGCUCACGCUCGCUCCCCUACGCGACUGCCUCACUCGUUCGCAAGUUCGUCGCGUCCGGCUGGCGCAGUCCCAAGAUGCUUCUUCAGAAGCUAAUACAGGGCCUCGGGGCCCUGUCCCUCGUUCAUCUCGCCGUCGCCGUGGAAGAUCCGGUGCUUCGGAGGACCAAUGAGACGGUGACUUCGGAUGGAGUGGACCACGGUGGAUUGCACGAGGACCACGAAUGUGGCUGGUGGUGUGCGAAGACGGUCACUGAGACAUGCUACUUUGCUGACCAGAGCAGUGAGACCGUAACCAAGACACUUCCAGCCUCCACGACGACUGUUACGGUUACGAACGCGGCUAUCACCACGGUCACGGAUACAGUUACAACCACAGUCACGGAAAAUGCUACGGCGACAGUCACUAACACGGCAACGGCAACGGCAACGGCGACCGUUACUGACAAGGAGACGGCCACGGUCAUUGACACGGGGAUUGCAACGGAAACUGUGAGCUGGUUUACCACCGAGACCGACAAGGUCAGCGUUAGCGUUACAGCCACCGCAACCGUCACUCAAGAGACCACCGAGUUCUUCACUACGACCCUGUUCUCGACCUACACUACAUCCUAUCCGGUCACCGUUACCACGACGGUCUGCAAGGGGUAUCCUCACUCCUGCGAUGUCAGCACGACAACCAAGUGGCGGACAACGACAACGACCGAGACCAUCUGCAAAACAAUCCCGACGACCAUUGUCAAGCCCACGACGGUCAUCAAGCCCACGACGAAGACCAACAGCGUCAGCGUCACCGUCUUCAGGACAACAACAACGACCAAGACCCACACGACCACGUACACCACGAGGAUCAGCUACCCGGUCACGGUCACCUCGGGCACGACAAAAUGGAAGACGGACACGACGACGGUGGUCUCAACUUACGUCACCACGUUCAUCACGACUGUACCCACGACUGUACCAACCACUGUGCCGACAACUAUAACAGUGCCGACGACCCUGACCAACACCGUCGUCACCACUGAGCUCGUGCCCACAACGCUGACUACCACCACGACGGUAACCGACGUCUCCACGAUUGUCACGUCCUAUCCUGUUACCGUGACCGACAGCACGACGCUGUACACGACCCAGACGUCCGUGGUGACCUCGACGACCGUGUCCACAUACACGACGGUGAGCACGUACACGACUCUCACCACGCUGCCCGCGUCCACCGUCACCGAUGUCGUGACAACGGUGCUCCCUCCGAUCACCGUCACCGUCACCGAGAACGGAACGGUGACCACAUCGAUCAUCCCUGGGCCCACCGUCACGCAAACGACGACUCUCACGCUGCCCCCGGCCACUGUCACGCUACCUGGCACGACUGUGAUCCAGCACGUUUCGGUCUGCCCGCCCCCGACGAACACGGCCCCCGUCACGCGAACCCAGACUUGGAGCAAGAGCAAGCAACGCCAGCUCUGGGGCUGCGACCCUGGCUUCGUCUGCAACCCGCCGAAACCGGCAGGCUGCAACGUGUGGUCAGACCCGCCGAGCAGGGACUUCGUGUGCGAUCCCAGGUUUUGCGAGCCGGCGCCGUUCUUCCCGCUCGUGGACUGGCCGGUGAACGAGACGGGCUACUUCCCGCCGACCGAAGGCUACUUCAACCUCAACCCCAACGCGUUCGGCCUGAGCUUCGACAUCUUCGCGGUGGAGGAGAUCGUGACGAAGAUUCACGGCAAGAAGACGACCAUCACGACGGGCAACUGGGUCUCGCAGACGGCCAUCACCCACUUCCCGCCGGAGCCGACGGCGACGACCAUCCAGUGGUACAAGCGCGGCGCCCCGAGCCACCGUCUCUCGAAACGCGACGAGACCGUCGCGCCCGCCAUCUGCUACGCAAUCUGCAACACGGCGCUCUUGGAAGCCUCUCGGGUAGGCCUGACGCAGGCGCUGUGCGCCCCCGGGUCCACCUUCAGGCAAGACCUGGACUCGUGCCAGGUAUGCAUCGAUGCUCACAAGGACGACGCCAAGCAAUCGUGGCGCGUCUACCUUCAACCGGAGUUCGCCCAGUUCUUGGAGUUCUGCGACCUGCAGCCGCCCCAGUCGCAGGUCACCGGCACCACCAACCUGCCGCCGCAGACCCAGGUCACCGGCACGCCCACCAUCGUGACCGGCACCCAGUCGCCGCCCAACACCGACACCAGCGCGGUGCCCAUCACCUCCACCCCCGCUUCCACCACGACGACGGGCGAGGCGCCCGGCUCGACGACCGAGACCCCGACCACGGCGCCAGCCACGUCCGAGUCCGCGCCGCCGCCGCCGUCUUCGUCCCCGUCCUCGUCCCCGUCCGAAACGGCCCAGUCCUCCUCGCCGUCCGGCGUCUCCUCCGUCGAAGCCAUCACCGCAACCCCUUCCCCCUCCGGCUCCUCCCCCUCCCCCUCCUCGGGCGCCGCCGGCUCGUCGCCGCCCGGCCCCGCCACCACGAGCCCCUCCACGCUCAGCACGUCCACCACGGCCCGCCCGCCGACGGUGACGAUUGCCACGGCUGGCGCCGGCAGGGUGGUCGUCUCUCGCCUGGGGCUGGGGAACAUACUGGCCUCGCUGCUGGGUGUUGUGGGGCUCUUCUUGUGA